CGGCGCGGAGAUGAGGGCGGAGCUCCGAGUCGCCUCAGUCAUGGCGAAGCAGCGCGGCGGAGGGAAGCUCGGGGACGGCUUUUGCCCCGCUGCCCAGGGCUCGGCGGGGAGCAGCAACGCGGCCCGUGGGGCCGCCAGCGCCGGGGAGUAUUGCAAGCGAGUACAGGAGUGGCUGUGGCAGUACUACAGCUACGUGCAAUGGCAGAGUUGGAUGAUGAUAACGGCCCCGCUGCCUCCCUAUUACCCUCUCCCCGCCGUUGCCGGCGGCGCGACUGCAGCCAGGCAGGGCGAAGGAGCUGCUGCGGCCGUGCCCGGGACCAACAGCGCCUACGGUCCCUUUUCGCUGUUUGCGCCCUACCUCGGGGCUCCGGCGGCAGCGCAGGCUCCGGGUGAGCAGCCUCCAGUACAGCAGGAGGUGGCAACGUCGUCGGUCAACGCGCUCAGACCACCAGCCGCCGAUGCGCAGCAACAGGCGGGGAACGCACAACCGGGAGGACGCGAGUAUACUAUCCCAUCGCUGAUGCAUCGAUUCCUUGCAGAGAUGGUAGAUUUUCUAAUCCUUUUCCUGUUGAAAGCUGUUGUGGUGCUGAUGGUGAUGCACAUCUGUGGGAUCAAAGAUCUUUCUAAGUUUGCACUCAAUUACAUAAUUGAAGAAAUUGAUGAAGACACCUCUCUGGAAGACCUUCAGAAAAUGAUGGCCGUAGCACUGAUGUACAGGCUGUUGGUCUGUUUCUAUGAGAUUGUUUGCCUGUGGGGAGUUGGCGGGGCUACACCUGGCAAGUUCCUGCUGGGGUUACGAGUCGUAUCCUGCGACAGCUCAGUGCUAGUUGCUCCUAAUCGGGUGCUGGUGGUCCCGGCACACAACGUGAGCAUCUCAUCGUCUGCAAUAAGAGCAUUGAUCAAGAAUUUUUCAAUUGCUUUUUUUUUCCCGGCCUUCGUUACAUUACUGUUCUUCCAACAUAAUCGCACAGCCUAUGAUAUUGUAGCUGGGACUAUUGUGGUCAAGAGAAAUGGAGUGAGAUGAAGAUGCCACAGAAGACUUGUAUAUAUUUUCAAACUACUUUGCUGUGGUUCUGCAUCACUCAGAAGAUGGGGGAGAAAACACCCUUUACUGACUGCACCCCAUGAUCUUAUGCAAGGCCGAGUGGACAAUGAACACACACACCUGCCAAUGUCAUAACAUUCCAGAAAUGGGAGUUAAUCUGUUCUCAUGGUUGAUACUGUGGUCCUUUAUGGGUCAUGAUUGACCUCACAUUAGAAAUUUGAAUAAUGUUCAAAUUUGUCUCAAUCAUUGAGAAGAAGUAUAUUCUAUUAAUACCGAUGUAAAAUUGAUAAGUUGUACAGAAUUCAUUUCACAUUUGGCCCUUUGUUUCAUUUUAGUCCUUUCCUCAUUGCAUGUCUGCAUAUGAGAAAAUAUCCUUUAGUUCCUUCCUGUGGGUCAUGAGGAAACCAAAACUAGUACCAGUGUUCUGAUAGUUAUCAGUCCCCACUGAAAUAAUUGGGCAGUUUGCUUGUAAAAUUGUUUUUAUCCUAAAGCUUUACCUAAUAUACAGGAGAAAAUGUGUGGAGAAAUGAAAGCAAUCUUUGACAUUGUAUUUGGCUUUCUGCUGUCUCUAAAGCCAGUGUCUAUUUCACGAUGUUAAAUCCCUACGUGCUCAAUAUUAGUUUGACUUCUGCGCAUUAUGAAAUGUUUUGAGCAAAAUAUUGAAUUUUGCUCAAGAUAAGAUUGAAUCAAGAAAAUGUUUUAAUUGGAUAUUUUGUAUGUAUUUCAGUGAUUUCUGUUUUCAUUAUAGCAUGCAUGCACAAUUGCUAUUGUGGUUUAAGAUGCCACUUGACUCAGUGUAACACUUUUUGCUUGUUAGACUAAGUCAAUACUGCAGUGUAACGUGACCUGCUCCAGACCUUCAUCAUUAUGGAUAUUGUAGCCAGCAAGUUUGUUUUAACCAAAAACAUUUGCAAAGGUUGAAAUACAUAGAAUAUUAAAUUUCUUAAGGAGCACUUUCCUUGUAUGCAGCCAUUUGCCACAUCUUGCUCGAUGUAUCCCUAUGGUUGUGACAGUUCUUGCUCAGGCUUGUGUAAAAUGAAGCUGAAUGGAGUAUGAGGUGAGGUCAUUGUACUGUCACUCCAAUGAACAGUAAUCAUCCAAAGUUAAUUUUUCUUCCAUUAAAUCUGAGCCUGAAAGGGUCACGAAGGUGGUAAUUUGCAAGUAUUAGUUGUCAAGUAUAGAGCCUGUAAGUUAACUGAUUUUUUAAAAAUAAGGCAUUGUAGCGGUGUGCUACACGCAGUGCUAAAAUAAUGACACGGAGUCGGUAAACUGCAGUUAAAGAAAGAUUUUAUUCGAACUUCACAGCCUUGCUUUAAAGCCUCCCUGAUCCCGCCCUUCCCGGGCACGGAUGCUGUAGGGGCACAUACUCACAAUCCCCCGCAGGCUUUUCCCUUUGUUGGUGAAGCAGACCUGGCGCCCUUUUGGGACUGGCCUUUGUGCCGGCGCACUGGCUAUUUGUGAGCCAGUUUGAGUGCGCUAGGAAGUGGGUCGCCACAGCAUAUCCAUUAAUCUUACAAAAAAUAUUAUCUCUAAGGAUUUUAAAUUUUAAAUACUUUUGAAUUAUUUUCAUUAUGUUGAGAAGCUACCCAGCUAUUUCCAUUGAAACAAUGUUAAUAUUGGCCAAGAAGUUCAAAAAUAUCCAGUUGUUUAACUUGUGACCUGGUAACAAGAUUUUGUUCAGUGCAGAAUCAGAAUAUUCUGCUUUUCAAGUUAGGUUAAUAUAAUGGCAUUCAGCAAGUGCCAACUAACUUGUGUUUGUUUAAUUUUGGAUGCUAUCCAGAUUGUUUUCUAAAUGCAUAUUUAGAUUAAACAGAAAAGAAUAACUUGA